AUGAAGCUGAUCAUAGCACUUGGCUUGCUCUGCCUUGUGGCAGUGUAUGCAAGGGAGAUAGGUGAUGAUGGCAAAGAUCUCGUAGCAGCUGCGAGUGGUAAAGGUCAUCACCACGAAGAAGGAGGUGGCAAGGAACACCACGGUCAUCACCACCAUGAACAUGGCGAGAAGGGACACAAGGGACACAAAGGACAUCACCACCACCACAAGGGCGAACACGGUGAUCACGGGAAACAUCACCAUGCCGGCCAUCAUCACGAACAUGGCGGUGAUCACAAGAAGCACUGGGAUGAACACGACCAUCACGGUCAUCAUCAUGAACAUGGCCAUCACCACAAGGGAGGCAAGCACGGCCACAAGAAGCACCAUGAUAAGGGAGAAGAGACCGACGGCUACCACAAGAAGUACCACAAGGACACCUUCCACAAGGACCAUCACUUCUACGAUGACCACCACGACGAAGGCAAGCACCACAAGCACGGUCAUCACCACGGACACCACGACAAGCACGGAGGACAUCACAAGAAGGGCGGUCAUCAUGACAGCGGUCACCAUGAGCAUCAUCAUGGCAAGCACGGUCACCAUGAUAAGCAUCAUCAUGACGAGGACCAUCACGGUCACAAGGGCCACCACGGUCAUGAGGAACAUCACCACGAUCACCAUGAUCAUGGCAAGAAGGGAGGCCACAAGGAUCAUAAGGAAUGGGGCUUCCAUCAUGGAAAGCACUGA